AUGCUCACCGACUUCGACCUCUCCCUCAAGUGCGACCCCACGGCGCCGACGCCCGCGCACGUCAUCUCCGACCCGCUCUCCCUCGCCGCCCGCCCCGCCACCUCCACGUCCUGCGCCAUCUCCUCCUGCAUCGUCCCCGCCGCCUCCUGCUUCCAGCUCUUCCCGGGCCGCGGGCGCCGGCGCCGGCGCUGGCGCGUCAAGAAACCGUCGUCGACGUCGAACGGCGGCAACAGCGGUGGUAGCAGAGGGCUGGAGCUGGAGUUCGUGGCGGAGCCGGUGGAGCUGCGCUCCAUGUCGUUCGUGGGCACGCACGAGUACCUGGCGCCCGAGAUCGUGUCGGGGGAAGGGCACGGCAGCUCGGUGGACUGGUGGACGCUGGGCGUCUUCGUCUUCGAGCUCCUGUACGGGGUCACGCCCUUCAAGGGCUACGACAACGAGAUGACGCUGGCCAACAUCGUGGCGCGCGCGCUCGAGUUUCCCCGGGACCCCGCCGUGUCGUCUGCCGCAAGGGACCUCGUCACCGCGCUGCUCGCCAAGGACCCCGCCCGCAGGCUCGGCGCCACCGUCGGCGCCGCCGCCAUCAAGCGCCACCCCUUCUUCGCUGGCGUCAACUGGGCGCUCCUCCGCUGCGCCACGCCGCCUUACGUGCCGCCGCCCUUCAGCGUCGCCAACAAGGCUGGUGGUGGCGGGAGCAACGGCAAGGGCGACUGCGGCGACGAUGACGGCGACGUGUCGGACGAUAGUUGUCCUGGCACGCCCGUGGAGUACUACUAG